AGUUUUGGGCUGGUAAAAGGGCAUUUACAUCGAGGGAGGUUGGGCAAAGUUAUUUAUAGCAAGAAGAAGGGAGUUUCCUGAAAUCAGGAGGUAUCAUGUCUUGCAGUUAACAACAUAUAUAAGUUAUAAAUGACACAUUAUACCUGGUGUAUGAAGGAGAUGACGAACUUUAUACUUUAGAGUUAAGGCUGAGGCUUUAGUUCUGAAAAAAAUGCAAGCUAGUACUGAGGGUUGGGGGGAUGCUUGUUUUUUGUUUUGAGCCACCUGGCAGUGCUCAGGGUUCACUCCUGUCUCUGCAGUCAGGAACCACUCCUGGUGGGUCUUGGGGGACCAUACGGGAUGCCGGGGAUAGAACCUGGGUUGACUGCAUGCAAAGCAAGCACCCUACCAGCUGGGCACAGGCCCUAAUACGGAGUUUUGAUUAGCUACUUCCUAGCCACCACCCUCACCUCUCAUAAGUUCCAGUUUAUACCAUCUAGAAAGGUUAGUCUCAAUAGAGGAAGACACGUUUUUAAAUCAAUAUAGGCAAUAACGAAGCAUUUAUCUUGAUGGCAUGUGGUAAUUAUUGGCUGAAUAAGAGAAAGCUCUUUUUUAAAUUUAUUUUGACUUUUGGGCCACAACCAGUGGUGCUUGGCGGUUCCUGCCAGCUUCGUGCUCAACAAGUUAUUUCCCUGGUGCUGUGGGCAGACUUGGGUUUAGUGUGGAGUUGGACCUGAGCCUCGUGAAAGCCAGGUUUGAAUUCAAACCACCUUUGAACUGUCUGCCUUGAAAAUGCUUAUUUAAAACCAUUGUUUUUUUUGUUUGUCUGUACAUGCUCAGGGCUUACUCCUGGCCCUGCACUCAGGCAGUGCUUGGAGGAACAUAUGGAUACUGGUGAUCAAACCUAGUUCAGCUGCAUUCAAGGCAAGCACCCUACCCGCUAUACUAUCGCUUCUGCCCAAGUCGUGUCUCUUUAUUAUUUUUAUCUUUUGGACCACACCCACCACUGCUCAGGUUAUUCCUGGCUCUGCGCUCAGGUAUUAUUCCUGGAGGUGCUCAAUGGCAGGCAUUGAACCCAGAUGGGCCAUGUGCAAGGCAAGGGCCCUAGCCACUGUACUAUCACCCUUGCCCAGGUUCUGUCUUUUUAAUGAUAGGGUGAGGAAUCCACCCCAGGCCCUCCCACAUGCUCCCAACUGCCUUACAGUAGUCCUAUUUCUACUGAUUUCACCUCUGGUCAGCAACUGGGAUGAUGCAAUCCAAGAGAAAAAGUCAAUAAAGCAGAAUGAUAGAACAACUCUGAGAACAAGGCAAACUUAAAGUUGCCUGUGGUUAACCUUUCUGCAGUUUUCAAUCUGUAACUUUGGCCAAGGGAAAGGACGGAACAGGGGGAAAUUCCUUCUUCCCAGCAGUCUCUCCAAUGUGCUCCCGGAGGAACGCUCUGAUCUGGGGCCUUGCCCCCGUCCUCACCAUUCUGGUUUCCAUGAUCAGCCUGGGAUGGAGGCGCCGGCAUAAGGCCCCCUGGGAUCUUCAUCUCUGCUCCACAGAUCUGACUGGGAAGACAGCAGUGGUGACCGGGGCCAAUAGUGGCAUCGGGAAGGCUGUGGCCCAGGAGCUGGCCCUCCGAGGGGCCUGUGUGAUCCUCGCCUGCCGAAACCCUGAGAAUGGACAGCGGGCUCUGAUGGAAAUCCAAGCGGCCACCAAGGGGAAGGGUCGCCUCCUGCUUGGCGACGUGGAUAUGAGUUCCAUGGCCUCUGUCAGGAGCUUUGCCAGCUGGCUUCAGCGGGAGCAUCCUGAGAUACACCUGCUGGUGAACAAUGCUGCUGUCUGUGGAUUACCCAUGAUUCUUACCCCAGAGGGUUUUGAUGUCACCUUUGCCACAAACUAUAUUGGACCCUUUCUGCUCACGAAUCUCCUCCUAGGGGUUUUGCAGCAGGCAGGCACCUCGCGGGUGGUUAACCUGUCUUCCUUUACACACGUGAAUGGCUACAUUGAUGAGGACCACCUGAUGGGCAUCGGAAAGCCUUUGGGCUUCAACCAGAACUACUGCUGCACCAAACUGCUGCUCAUCUUGUUCACCCAGGAGCUUGCUCAGCGGCUUCAAGGGACCGGUGUGACUGUGAACUCGGUGGAUCCGGGUGUGGUCUACACAGGAAUCAUGAAGUCUUUUCCCUGGUAUUACCGCUUUGGCUUCUGGCUUUUAAGCUUCUUCUUGAAGGUGGGUAGGGGAGAAGCUGACUCAGCUGCUUCUCCAUGUCCCCUGCCUGGGGUGACUCUGCCUACCCUGCCUGCAGCCCCAUCCUGCCUGUCCCCUCACUGCACCCACACCCUAAACGUCGAUGUCUCUACAGGAUCUCAAACAAUCAGUAGUCCCUGUCCUCUACCUGUGCUUAGCGAAGGAGCUGGAUGGCAUUUCUGGAAGAUACUUCAAAAAUUCUUGUGUGAUUACUCUUCCCUCUGAAGCUGCUCUGGACCAUCACGUGGGUCAGAGACUCUGGCAAACCACAGCCCGACUCACCAACCUGGACAAGACGGAUUGAUCUGUGCUGGCUGCUCUCUGCCCUCACCCCCUCCCCUGCACGCCCGGCCGUUGCUCUGCUGUUUUGCCUGCCUCCUUGGAUGGAUGGUCUUGUCUGGCCGAAGGUCACUUUUCUCUCUUCCUUCUGCUCAGUUGCAUGAAAGCCCAGAGAAGCCAGAACCUGGGCCAUACUCUUCAGUGGAAGUAGGGACUAGAAUCUCUUAGCUCAGAGUGAUGGGUCGUGGUUAGGGGAGUAAAACUCUUUCAGGUGGGCUGAAAGUAGGGUUUCAAGGACGGUGACCAGCAAAAGGGCAACACUCGCACCUGAGCCUCUUGGUAGCUGGACUUGGACUUCCUGACAUUGGAGGUCACACCACACAGUGCCUUCUGGAUGAAAGCCUCUGCCACUCUGCCAGCUUCUGUUAGGACAUCACCCCAGCUGGAUCUGUCUUUGCUGGGACCACAUGAAUCCCUCACAUGUGCGCCUGCUCUCUGCCCCAAGUCACACCCCUGGCUCUUACUCUACCUUUCUGUCAACCUCUUGCUCUUUGGUGAUGAGCCAAGAAAUAAAACCAGCAACAAUCUGAGAGUGUGAACUCUUUGUUUCUUCUCUGGGCUCUUUGUUUAGCUACAUAACAUUUGUUAUCAAGCUGGAAUGAUAGUACAAUGGUUAAGGCACUUGUCUUGUAUGAGGCUGAUCCCUGUUCAAAUCCUGUGUACCACAGAAAGUCUCCUGAGCACUGCCAAGGAUCACUCCUGAGCACAGAGCCAGGAAUAAAUAGACCCUGAGUACUACUGGGGAUGACCAAAAAUCCGAAAAGAAAAAAAUUAGGAAGCACUCAAAUCACACACACACACAUACACACAACACUUCAUUUUUUUUUUCUUUUUGGGUCACACAUGGUGAUGCUCAUGGGUUACUCCUGACUCUGCACUCAGGAAUCGCUCCUGGUGGUGCUCAGGAAACUGUUUGGGAUGCUGGGGAUUGAACCUGGGUCGGUUGCAUGCAAGGCAAACACCCUACCCGCUGUAUUAGCACUCCAGCCCCACACUUCAUAUUUUAUUAAGAUCUAUUUGACUGAACUGAUGUAUUUGUUACUGAGUUUUCCUAACCAUGAAUCAUGUCACUACAAACCUACUUCAAUUUUUAAAACAUGUUUACAACAUUUUGAAUAAUUUUAUGCAUAAGAAACUUUCACAAGUUUUUUUCCCUUUUUGGUUCAAACCCAGAGAUGCUCACGGGUUACUCCUGGCUCUGAACUCAGGAAUUACUUCUGGUGGUGCUAGGGGGACCAUAUAGGAUGCUGGGGAAUCGAACCUGGGUCGACCACAUGCAAGGCAAAUACCCUCCCUGCUGUACUAUCACUCCAGCCCCACUUUCACAAGUUUAACUAUACUUCAUUCCAGGUAUCUGAUCUUUUAUGCUGUUGGAAGUGAUAUUUAAAAAUUUGGUGGACAGGAGAAAUAGUAUAGCAGGUACGGCACUUGCUUUGGAUGUGGUCAACCUGGGUUUGAUCCCCAGCAUUGUCCCCCAGCACUGCCAGAAGUAAUUUCUGAAGGCAGAGCUAGGAGUAACCACUGAGUACUGCCAGGCAUGGCCCCAAAUCAUAAACACUACAUUACUGUCAUCCUGUUGCUCAUUGAUUUGCUCGAGUGGGCACCAGUAACAUUUCCAUUCGUCCUAGCCCUGCGAUUCUAGCAGUUUCCCUCUACUCGUCCUUCCCAAUGAUGCUGCAUUAGAGGCUCUUUCAGGGUCAGGGGAAUGAGAUCCAUCAUUGUUACUGUUUUUGGCAUAUCCAAUACACCACGGAUAGCUUGUCAGGCUUUGCUGUGCGAGAUUCUUCAUCACUCUCUUCUGGGAGCCUUGUUUUAUAGUCUCUGGAUCUUGGUCGUUGAUGGGAUUACACAGCG